GCUAAAUCCCCAGCCCCUCUUGAUUUUUUUCUAUUAAAAAAAAAAAGAAAAUAAAAAAGAAACAGUCUCAGAAAGAGGACUUCCUGCUAGGCCGGGCAGCCAGAGACCAGUGAUUCACAUCCAGAUCUGCUUGACUGCAAAGCUGGUCUUGUCCACUAAAGGCCCUGCCCUUGGAUCUCACAGCAGUCUCUUCCAGUACACCAGAGUGCACUUUGACCUCACAGCCCACAGUGAGCUCCGAGAUAGCUCAAAGCAAAGAAGGAAAAAGCAGCUCAUUCAAGGAUGGGCACAGGGGCUGGCAAGCCUGAGGUCCUGAGUUCGAUUCCUGAUACGGGGUGGCGGGGAGAAGAAAAAGGAUGAGCACAGUCAUGCAAGUUAAAGCACCAACAUACAAAAGAGGAGGACUCCAGUUGACCACAUGGGGCGGGGGUGGGGGGAGACCAGGCUUGGGGCCACUGUGAAAGUCACUGCGCUUCGUCAAACAACCACACAACAACUCCUGACUACUGACCACUGCCAGAGCACCAGGCCCUGUUCACAGGACCUUGUGUCCUAAGAUUCGAGUAUGUCCACACCUCACUCAAUUCUCAUAAGAUCUACUUAAAUGGCCGCUCACCCUCUUUCACAGAUGGGGCAGCCAAGACCCAGAGAGCCUAAGUGCAUUGUCCCCGGACACACAGGGAGGCUGUGCCGCAGAGCGGGGCUGCUGGGUGGUCACGCUGUCCGCACGGGACAGCAGAAGUGCACCGCCGGGUGAGCGAAUACGGAAUGAACACCACGGAUGCGCACGCACCGAACCCACCUGCGGGCUCUCCCCUCAGGGCUCUGGUUGCCCCAAGCGUCCCUGUUGAGCCUCAGCUUCCAGGUGUGGGAAAUGGGCCAGCAGCCUCUGUGGUGGCCAUGACCAGCAAGCACAGGAUACUCAGGUCUCCCGACAGGCUCUGCAGCCAGCCGGGAGGGCCCCCAGGUGUCCACAGCCUGGGGGAGCCCUGUGGGGGCGACUCUUGUGAUCCCAGGACUCUCCCAGGCCUGAAGGAAGCGAGGGGCUGGCUCCCGGGCACAGGACCCCACUUAAGCACACAGCAGGGGAGCAGGGGGCCGGCCCACUGCAUGAGGUGGGUCUCUAACCCGGCCCUAUUCCUCCUUGCAGGCCUGGGGCUCAGGACCCUGGGCCCUCCAGCCAAGGCCGCUGCACCUGCACCCUGGUGGGCUUGGCCCGCACCCCCGCCUGCAGCCCUGGCUGCUUCUGUCCCCCGCCCUGCCCUCGACCGCCCUGAGCCCUCCUGCCAGUUGGAGGACACGGCUUCCUGCCCAUGGCUGUUCCCCAGCCCUCGGCCAGCUGGGGACCCUGCGUUCUCCUCAGCGGGUUCCCUGACUUUUUGGUGCUGCGGAUUGAACCCAGAGCCUGCACCUGCUAGGCACAGCCUGUACCACCGAGCAUCACCCUGGCCAGAUGUCUGCAGGCCCAGAACUCAGCGCGGGGUCGGGCAAGACGACCCUAUGGAGAGAUCUGCUAGCGCCACCUUAACGAAGUGCCAGAAACCGAGUGCGUUAAAGAACACAAACGGAUCCUCUCACCCACCUGGAGGCUGCAAAUCGGAGUUCGAGGUUACCGGGCCUCUCUCUCCCCCACCGCAGGCACCACGCAGUAAGCGUUCAGCGUGCGGCUUCAUAAGAUGAGUUUUCACAGAGGGCACAUGCCCGGAGACUCACCCCGAACAGCCCCCAGCCGCUCCACGCCCACCUUCCGUGUGCCGGGAGCAUUCAGGAGAGCAACGCGCCUGGGCGGGGCCAGGGCGUGAGGCGGGGGCGGGGCCGGACAAGAUCAGGCAUAGGCGGGGCUUGGAAGUCAGGGGCAAGGUACCCACACACGCUUGACUCAGAAGAAAGCAGCAAAGGCGCUUUCCAAGCCGCUGCGCGAGCUCGUUAAAGACAAUU